GAAAAUGGGCGGUGGUGAUUUAAAUAUGAAGAAAAGCUGGCAUCCCAUGCUGAUGAAAAAUCAGCGUGUCGUAUGGGAUAAGGAGCAGGAAGUUAUACAAGAGAAUAAGAAGCUGGACCAGCUCAGGAGAGAGAAGCAAGAAGAGAGGCAACUGCAGGAGUUGCAGAAGCUACAGGAAGCCUCCUCUGGUAAGAAAGCCUCUGAUAGGAUGGAGUGGAUGUAUGCCGCACCAGCCACUGGAUCUGGACUAUCAGCAAAUGAUAUGGAAGACUACCUUCUCGGUAAAAAGCGCGUCGACAAUAUCUUAAAGGGCAACGAUGAGGUCAACUUGGCGAACACUCAACAGGACGUCAUACAAACACAGAAGGCGAACACUUCUAGGGACACUUCAUCGAAGAUACGUGAAGACCCUCUACUCUCUAUAAGGCAGCAAGAACAAGCUGCAUAUGAGGCUUUGAUCAAUAAUCCUAUCAGACUCAGAGAAAUGAGACUAAAGGCUGGCAUUCCAGACACUGACUCAAAAUCUGAAAAGAGAGCUGCAAAGGAAGAGCGCAAACGCCAAAGAGAGGAGAAGAGAAGGUUAAAAGAUGACAGAGAUGAUAGGCGCCCUGAAAGACAUGACAGACCUGGCGAUGAUCACUAUGAUAGAAAGAGAUAUGACGAUAGAUAUUCUAGGAGGGAUAGUGACAGAUAUGAUGACAGAUACUCAAGAAGAGAUGACGAUAGAUACUCCAGGAGAGAUGACGAUAGAUACUCCAGGAGAGAUGACGAUAGAUACACCAGGAGAGAUGUCGAUAGAGACUCCAGGAGAGAUGUCAAUAGAGACUCGAGGAGGCACUCCAGACGCAGUCCUGACUAUCGCGAUUAUGAGAGAGAAAAAAACCGUAGAUCAAUCUCUCCUCCACGUCAAAACAGACCAUCUCCACCACGUCAUGAACGCAGUCAUAGACCUUCACCACCACAACUGGACGAUCAAGAAGCACGUGCAGCCAAACUCGCGGCGAUGUCAUCAUCAGCUAGAGACCUUCAAGCAGAGCGUGAUGUCCGCUUGUCAGAAAUGGCCAAGAGGGAUGCAGAAGAGAACGCCAGAGAUGCUAUUUUACGCUCUAGGGACGCAAAAUACGGUGGACAUAACAAGUUCAUUGCAGACGAACAACGUAAAGUCUAUUCUGGAGAGGGUGGAUUAGCCGAACAAAUGAGAAGAAGAGGAUAA